AAAACCUGAAUGCAGCAGAUAUCCGGAUGUGACGCAGAUACUAGGGGACACAUCGUUGAAGAUGGCAACGCUGGCGUCCUUGAUGCUCAAGCCCAGAGCAGGGCUGUUGGUACCUGGUCAGUCGUCUCUCCUGGACUCUGUGAGGUUUGCAUCUAAGAAGGCAGGUGGCAGCAGUAAGAACUUAGGAGGAAAGAGUGCUGGCCGGAGAUAUGGCUUCAAGAAACAGGAUGGAAACUUUGUCCAUGCUGGUAACAUCCUUGCAACACAGAGGCUGAUGAGGUAUCACCCAGGAGCUCAUGUGGGGAUUGGAACCAAUAAGACGCUAUUCGCUCUGGAGGACGGUUACGUCAGGUUCACCAAGGAGGUCUACGUCCCAGCACCACGCAGCCCGGAGGCCACCCAGGUCAUCACCAAGCUGCCAAAAGGAGCUGUGCUCUACAAGACCUUCAUCAACGUGAUGCCAGUCAAACAGGAGGGGAAGUUUAAACUGGUGGACAUGGUCUGAAAGUGACUGGACUGAACUGGACUGGACUAGUAAGUAAUUCUUUGUCAGGAUCAAGCAGGAUUUGGUUUGGUGAAAAGACAUCACAUGCAUCCUGGAGGACUUUGGCAGCUUUGACUGAUAUCAGGUGAUUUCACUGAUGAACACACCUUCAAGCAGACUCUCAGCCUCUCCUCUCCUGCCCAUGUGACACUUAAGAAACAUAAUAUACUGUGUUGGUUAAUAAAGAUUUUUUAUGUGUA